UCCCCCAAAUGUCAGGACAGUACAGAUAUCCCCCAAAUGUCAGGACAGUACAGAUAUCCCCCAAAUGUCAGGACAGUACAGAUAUCCCCCAAAUGUCAGGACAGUACAGAUAUCCCCCAAAUGUCAGGACGGUACAGAUAUCCCCCAAAUGUCAGGACAGUACAGAUAUCCCCCAAAUGUCAGGACAGGACAGAUAUCCCCCAAAUGUCAGGACAGGUACAGAUAUCCCCCAAAUGUCAGGACAGUACAGAUAUCCCCCAAAUGUCAGGACAGGU